AUGGGUGUAGUAGUCUUUGGUAAAUCGAUAAAACAUAACUUUCCUGUCAGAAUCGGAUUAGCCAAAACCAUUUUUGGCAUUGGUCCACACACAGCAUCAAAGAUAAUGGCCAAGGUAGGAAUUUACCCAAAUUGUAGAAUGAACCAAUUAACAGAGCCACAAAUCAUGGAUUUGAAUAAAGAGAUAUCGGAACUAACAGUUGAAGGUCAUUUGAAACAGAAAAUAAAUAAUGAUAUCAAACUAAAAAGAAGUAUUGGCUCAUAUGCUGGUUUUAGACAUGCUUGGGGUUUCCCUGUAAGAGGUCAAAGAACAAAGACCAAUGCUAAUACGGCGAAGAAAUUGAAUAAAUUGGAACGAUUUAGACUUUAG